GCCGCAUGUAAACAAAGCGGAGUAAGCAGCCGCUGCUCCGCCGGACUUAAACCGAGUCCGACCCGGGAUACAGUCUAACCCUAGUCAAAGUCCAACCCGGGACACGGUGAUUCGGUUAGCCUGAUCGGAUCCAGAUCUCUGACUGUUUGUGAUGGAGCGACGCUUCGACUGAACCGGAAACAUGUCCAUGGAAGAUCCGUUCUUCGUCGUUAAAGGGUCAGACUCGAGCUAACAGGCUAAUGCUAACACUGGCUAAAGCUAACGUUCUGAGAGGCUGUGUAUUAGCUUAACAAAAUACUGUUUAGUGUUUCUGAGAGAUAAAACUGAUUUAUAGAGACAUGGACAAUAACUAUAAUGAAACUAGAGGGUUAAUUUGUCCUGGAAAAACUCUAAAUAUAGGUCAUUUACGGAGAUACCUGUACAGAUCUGACCGUAAUAAUAACGUUUAAUAACGAAAUGUCCGAAGCCUCCUAUAAAGUGAAUGACACAGCUGGUUGUUUUAAAGAGCAGGUUUUACAUGAUCAGGUACCAGAAAAGACUUCUUUAUACAUCAGAUCCAGGUCUACAUGAAUAUCAAUCAAUCAGUCAUUAUACAUAAAGAACUUGUCAUACAUAAUCAUGUAGCACAAAAUGCUUUACACAGAAAAAGGAAUUAAAGAAACAAAGAAAACCCAAAUCUACCCCAACCCAAACCCUCAUUCUCACACCACCAUCUAAACAGAAACAGAAUUAAAACACAUGAACUUGAAAAGGGUUUGAUUUCGUGGAAACAGGAAUGUGCGCACUGAGGAAACGUCAUUUUAAACCCAAGAUUAGGAAACACUGGAGGUUUAAAAUCUAAAAACAAAAUAACAUAGAAAAGAAAUUUAAGAGAUUAUAAAUAAAAUUAGAUAAAAACAACAGUAAAAGAAACUAAAAUAAGAGCACCAAAAUAGAUCAAUAAAAGACGAUCCUGUCAUUAAAACUAGAAAGAGAUAAAUGCUAAAACAUUUAAAGAUAAUGAUAUAAAAUGUGCUUUUAAAAUCAUUAAGAUUAGUUUAAGUCCUCAGGUCUUCAGGUAAACUGUUCCAUAGACGGGGGCCGUAAAAAUAAAAAUGCCUCACCGUAUGUCUUGGUUUUAACUUUAGGUAAUAAUGUUAACAGAGAACUUCAUGAGGACUCUACCACACUCAUAAGAUAAAUAAGAGCUUUAAAAACCAAUAAAACAACCUUAAAAUCUAUUCUAAAAGAGACAGGGAGCCAGUGCAGAGACCUUAAAAUCGGUGUGAUCUCUCUUUCUGGUCCUUGUUAACAUUCGUGCAGCUGAACUUUGUAGUAAUUUCAGGUGUAAAAUGUUCUUUUUGGGGAGACCAGAAAGGAGGGUGUUACAAUAAUCUAAUCUACAAAUGAUAAAAGCAUGAAUUAAUGUCUUUGCAUUGGCUUGAGAGAGAAACGGUCGCACUUGGGUUAUGUUUUUUAAGUGAUAAAAUACCUUCUUGGUGAAAUCUCGUAGGUGAGGUUCAAAGCUCAAUUCUGAAUCAAAUAAAACUCCUACAUUUUUAGCCUGUUGACUUGGAUUAUACGAUAAUGUUUUGAGUUUGCUGACCAGUGUCUCUCGCUUGUCCCCUGUCCCAGUGACUAAAACCUCAGUUUUGUCCUGGUUGAGCUGUAAAAAGUUCUCUGCCAUCCAUGAUUUAAUGUCUAAAAUGCAGUUAAAAAUGGGUGUCGGGUGGCCUUGUGUCACACAGGUAUUUAUCAUGUUGUUUCGGUGAGCACACUACUUUUAGUUAACUGUUAGAGAAGAGGAUGUGUACAAGAUGUGAACAACAAGUAGUGAGUCAUUAUUUAUCUUCAUUGAAAUCACAAGCAGCUGAUCAGUUCAGGAUAAACAGACUGAACCCUGGUCUCUUUGUCCUGAUCCGGUCCUGUCAGAUAAACAUACCUGACAACAUCUAGGUCAUAAUAUAUGGGAGAUUUCUGCGGCGCGCGCUUCGGGCAGUUUUGGGGUUAGCUCAUUACCAGAGUAUUUGUAAUUAAAUUGGUCAUCAAGUCUAAGUGAAGCUGAACACUUUUUUAUUUUAACAAUAACAAAUGUAAUAAAAAAGUAUUGGUACGAUAUGUCUUGAACUUCUUUAGUCCACUAAUAUUAGAGUUAAAGUCCUCAUCUGUUCUCCUGUAUGAGGCUCUCUGAACAUCUUUGUGUGAAAUACAGCACUCUUUUAUCCGAGGCUGCCCUGAAUGCGACUAUCGACGUAAAUAUUAUAUCUCAGGUUUGUUUCUCUUUCACUUAAGUGUUCAUUUCACAAAAACACUGCUGAAAUAGAGUUUACAGCUUAAACCGACCUGAAUCAUCCCAAACUGUAAAGUCAAAGUAUCAAUCCAGAGUCUGUGAGGCUCAGCAGAAACACACGACAAUCUUCGGUUGUCUGGAAACUUUGGACAAAUACAGUGAUCCGAUUCAUGAAUGAACGUGGACCAUGCUAGAAAGAUUCCUGGGAGAAAUGACAAUAUGGGAAGAGGUCUGAAAUAAGGGAGAGUCCCUGUAACAAACACGAGUGUUAGCUGGUAUGCAGAUCAAUCAUUUAUCCUGUGGACCGUAGUCACAAACUCUGAGUGACAUGAGUCGUGAUUUUGUAUUUUGAUCCGGCCAACAUACACUAACCCGCACGGACUUUCAAGAAUGUAGAUAACGUGGGUCGAGAUGCAGUUGAUAAACCCUCUCAUGUCUCUUCAUGUUGUGUCUCUUUCAGAGUGAGGAUGAUCAGAAGAGUUUAGGAGCAGUGUAAACACCACACAAGUCUUAAACUGCCGUACAGCUGCUUUGUGUAGUUUCUUUAAACCUACGGCGGUGUCCGGGAUAUUCUUGCCUUUCUUGAAGCAGACGGAGUUUAGAGGUUAAAAGUUUGUUCAGACAGACGUCAUCAGAUGGUCCGAUGUUUGUUAAUCACUUUUUUAAACUUUCUUUUUUAAUAAAUAGAUGAACUGAUAGUUGUAAAAUGUUCAGAUGAGAGCAGUUGUGUGAUGACAGAGUGAUGAGAGUGGACUCAAACUGGAAAUACAGGUUUUAUAGACUUUGUCACAUGACCUGGAGUACAGUGAGUUUGAGCAAAGAGGGUCUGCAGAGACUUCACCGGAGGUCUAGACCGAAACAAAAAAAGCUGCUGCUCGUCUUUAACCGGAAAAGGAAAACAUGAUCACAUCACCCUGAUUCUGGCGUCCCUCUGUUGGCUUCCUGCUCAUUUUAAAAUUUAAUUGUUUGUUUUUUAACCACAGUACAUCUCUGACCUCUUAAAUGACUACACCCCCACACACGUUCCUGGAGGUCUGCUGAUCAGCUCCAACUUAUCGUCCCUAAAACUCGUCUAAAAAACCCGUGGCGACCGUGGAACGAAUCCAUCCCCGACUCUUUCUCCUUUUAAAUCACGUCUUAAAACUCAUUUUUAUUCCUCGGCUUUUAGCUCAACAUGAGAGUUGUGUGAUCUUUGUCCUUUUAUCACUUUUACUUCUUUUAUGCUUUUGUGUUUUUAUUUAAUUUCAUAAAAAAAUUUUUUUUUUGCCUGUUUUUAUUUAUUUCCGCGUGAUGUUUUUCUGUAUUGUUUGUUCUUUUAAAUUUUACUGUGAAGCACUUUGACAAACUUGAAUGUUUUUUAAGAAUAUAUAAAUAAAGUGGAUUAGAUUUGGGGGCGUGGUGUCGACUCGACAGAGAAGAUUCGCCCGGUUUUCACUGUUUUUAUGUUUUCUGCUAACAGAGAAGUUCUUAAGGCGGUGAACGCAGCACAGAGCCUCCAUCACAGAUGGAGGGAACUGCUGCAGGAGGGGGGCGGAGCCUCCAAGGAGGAAAUGGACUGGACAACCAAUGAGCUGAGGAACAGUCUGCGUUCCAUCGAAUGGGACCUGGAGGACCUGGAUGAGACGAUCAAUAUCCUUCCAAUGAUUUGACAGGCUGAAGUGUGAACAUGUUAAAACUGUACGGCUUUUCUUAACUGUCAGUGAACGCAUCGUCGAGUCCAACCCCAAGAAAUUCAAUCUGGACACCGCUGAGCUGAUGAAGAGGAAAGCCUUCAUCAGCAGCACCAGACAGACUGUAAAGGUACACCUCAAUCAUCUUUAAUUAAAAAAAGCUUCAAUAAAAACUCACCUGUUUGUUUUCUCAAUAAUCAAUAUCAUCACAGGGUUCUAAUUGGCUGAUCUGAUUUCAAGUGUUCUGAUUGGCUGUUUCAGGAAAUGAAGGAACAGAUGACGAGUCCUGCUGGUGCAGACAGAAAGGCCAAACAGGUAAAACACAAACCUGAUGGACACAAACUCUCUUAAGAACUCAAACACAGAGUGACCAACCAAAGACGUCCAACACUUUGAGGAUUUGAUCAGCUGAUCUGAUUUCAAGGACGACUUUUGAAUCACAACCAAAAACCGAAAAUCUUUCCAGACACACAGACCCACUUAAACACGAACCCCCUUCAUGGAUCUAGAUAUUCCUCCAGUUCAUUAAUUCAGUCAAUUAAUUCUGAAUAACUGAUGAAUCCUGAGAGGUUCAGAGCCCCAGGAGGUUUAAGUCGUGUGUCCUUAAAGUAGUCUUAAAGGACUGUAGGGUCGCCGUGUGGAUUUACAAAAGUAAAUGUCUGCAUGUUGAUGUGUUUGACAUUCAGGCUCUGCUCGGUGAACGUGGUGCUCAGGGUCCAAUCUGGCAGCCCGCGCCAGAUAGAUUCAGCCGACUGGACCAGCAGCUGCAGAACGCCAACUCCCAGUUUAUAGAGGAGCAGCAGGUGCAGCAGCAGGUACGAACACAGCUGCCCAGGAAACAGUCAGACACAGAGCUGAAGAUCUUGAAAAUGAGGUUCAUAAAUACUCAGAUGAUUUUGUUUCUGUUUCGUGACGUAUGAGUGAGUUUUACGUUAAAUAAUAUAACAAUUUUCAGAACCUCAAUCCCAAAAUAAGUUCAUUUCGAUGGCUCUUAAAUCAUUGAAGUCUGUAUUUAGUUUAAAAUCGUGUACAGACAACAUGUGACAUACAAGAGAGUCAGAGAGUUUUGUUGGUUUAUAAAAAGAAGCGACGUGUUUCUUAAAAGAAGUUUGAGGAACAACCAAACACCGAGCAGUCCAAAUCCAGCACCCCUGAUGGUCUGGGGAUCCUCAGAGUCCUUAUCAUCUGUGAAGGCUCCAUUAAAGGGAUAUUACGGCAAGAAAUUUAAACAGCACCUAACUUCAUCAACAGGACAUAUAGGGUCACAGACAUAGUACUAGACACCAAACAUCUUUUUAACUUUGACUCAUUUCUUUAGCAAAGACACUAAACACAACUCACCUACUCUCUUCCAGCAGACGCUUGUUUGUAGAGAGACCUCAGGUCAGUCCAUUAUGGACUACAGCGGGGUGACGCAGCUCAAGGAAGAACAUUUAUGAUCAUUUCUUUAUCAUUUCCUGACGCGGUAGUUCUUCUGUCUUAGCGUCUCGGUCUGAUUGUAUUUCCAUGAAGUAAUGAUCUUAAGUGGGACAUUUAGCUUUCAGACUCCAGAACCUGGUCUGCCGGGUUCACUAGGGUCUACAGAGGGGUUAGAGGGAGAAGAGCUGAGGACACACGAUGAAGAGAAACAUGAACCUGGAAUUACUUUAUGUACUGGCAUCAAAUUAAAAUUGAGCAGAUAUUUUUUGAAAACAAUAAAAAGUUCCAGUUUCAACAUCUGAUACGUCGUCUUUGCACUUUUUUAACCAGAUAGUUAAAUUUGAAUGAUUUGUAAACAACUAAAUUCAGUUUUUAUGGUCAUUUACCCUGUAAAUACGUCUGUAUUUGUGUGUAUUCAGUAAACGUGUGUAUUCUCGUAGCUUAUGGCGGAGCAGCAGGAUGAACAGCUGGAGCUCGUGUCGGGGACAAUCGGAGUCCUGAAGAACAUGUCGGAGAGGAUCGGCAUGGAGUUAGACGAACAAUCAGUGUAAGAGCUUUAAGAAAUUUAGCGACAAUUUCAGAACAUUCUUAUGGUCAUGAUUUUACAGAGAGGACGCUUUAAACUUAAAAGUCUUCUGGAAAAGACAAACAAACACAAGUACAGGUUUGAGUGUGAGCAGAAUAUGUCUGAGGUGUGAACAGGAUAAUUCAGAGUGUAAACAGGAUAUCUGUAGAUCUGAACAGCAUAACUCUGGGAGUGAACAGGAUGUUUGUUGGAUUAUCUGACUGCGUCAUGAGGAGGUUUUGGAGUAUAAACAGAUAUUUGAGGUUUCUCUGUUUUUUGUCCUGCAGGAUGUUGGACGACUUCACUCAUGAGGUUGAUAACACUCAGACCAGACUGGACAACGUCAUGAAGAAACUUGCUAAAGUGUCUCACAUGACAAGUGGUAAUCUACCUGGCAACAGACGAUGUUAUUAUAAAAUAAAGAACUGUGAAGUACAUGAAUGUGUCAUCAGUUAACACGGAGAGUUUUACCUUUGUCGUCACUUCACGAUCUUUUCUAUUUUACAGACCGGCGGCAGUGGUGUGCUAUCGGCGUGUUGCUCGCCAUCCUCUUUGUGGUCAUCCUCCUCUUCUUCAUCCUCUGAUGGAAGACCGCCCUCCCCAUACACACAUCUCAUCUUAUCGCCGUCUCUGCUGAACUUUACUCUACUCGACUUAACCAGACUCCACUCUCGUCUCACGUGGACCCUCCUGUUCUUUAACGGACUCUGAAAUCACUGACAGACUUCUCUGUGUGUUCAGGACACUGCAGGACUGUCCGACUGAAAAGGCACUUUUGUUUUUUUGUUGAAUCAUGGCAGAGGUCGAAGGUCAAUCCAGGUGGUAAAUGUUUGUGUUUUAUUGCUUGAAAAUAAUUUUUUAAGAUGUUUAAUUUAAAGGGCUGAAAAAAAACAUCUCCACUCCGGUUGAGCUCGAAUUAACUCCUUAAAAAAUAAGUGUUAAACUCCAAUUAAAACAAAGAUACACCCAAGUUAAAGUUUAGUUAAACUCCAGCUUAAGUUUGGUGAAACUCCAGAAAAACUCCAUUUAAACUCCAGUUAUAGUUUGGUUAAACUCUAGUUGAAGUUAAGUUCAACUCCAGUUAAAGUUUGGUUAAACUCCAGUUAAAAAAAAGUUACACCAAAGUUAGUUAAACUCCAGCUAAAGUUUAGCUCAACUCCAGUUAAAGUUUGGUUAAACUCCUUUUACACUCCAGUAAAACUCCAGUUAAAGUUUAGUUAAACUCUAGUUAAAGUUAAGUUCAACCUCAGUUGAAGUUUAGUUAAACUCUAGUUGAAGUUAAGUUCAACUUCAGUUAAAGUUGGUUUAAACUCCAGCUGAAGUUUAGCUCAACUCCAGUUAAAGUUUGGUUAAACUCCUUUUACACUCCAGUUAAAGUUUAAUUAAACUCUAGUUGAAGUUUAGUUAAACUCUAGUUAAAGUUAAGCUUAACUUGAAUCAAAGUUUGGUUAAACUCCAGUUUCAGUUUUAUUAAAGUCAAGUUAAAGCAUAGUUCAACCUUAGUUUUAGUUAAGUUAAACUCUAGUUAAAGUAAAAGUAAAAUCUAGUUAGUUUAGUUAACUACAUUUACUCUCCAGUUCAAGUUUAAUUAAACUCUAGUUAAAGCUUAGUUCAACUUCAGUUAUAGUUUAGUUAAACUCUAGUUGAAGUUUAGUUAAACUCCAGUAAAAUUCAGUUAAACUCCUUUCAAACUGCUCAAAAUUAAGUUUGACUUGAGAGUGACUGAAUAAAAAUCUCCAGUCUCUAACCCUCCACUUCACCAUUAAACAACAUCUAAACCUCUGAGUAAGCCCAGCUUUACUCCAAACAUCACUGACCAGUUAAAAACAGUUAAAAACAGUUAAAACCACUAAAACGGAAUAAAAACCUCUAACUUGAUGUAGCUAGAUGAACCACUUAAACCAGUUUACUUUCUGUCUGUAACACCAGUGUAUCCUCUUAACUCCAGAUGUAACUUGCUCUAACUCUAAAGCUGUUCAGUGUUCAGUUGGAGUUUGUGUUAAAAUGAUCUAAAAACACUAUGUAAAAAAAAAAGAAAAACACUAAGACUUCCUGUUUACAGUUUUAUUUUAUUUGAAGUGACUGAAUUCUUGUUUUAUUUUCCUCUCAGUUUGUUUAUCGUACUCGACUGUGUCCUUUAUUUUACUACUAGAUCACUUUAUUGAUCGUUGAUUUUUCUACUGUUGACUAUUGAACAGUUUGAACCUUAGAUAUCCUCUUGCUGCUUCACAAUAAAAGCCUUUUCUCACCGAAUGUAAUGGCUUUUAUUGUGAAGCUUCAGCAGGAAAUUAGGUGGCAGAUGAGCUGGAGACGAAGAAGCCGAUCACGCCGUCCCGUCAUCAGUGGUACUCACUGUAGAAAAAAUCUACAGGUGUCUGCAGGGGCUGAAGUGUUGCAUAUUUCCUGUUUUGGUUUUUCAAAAUAAAACCACAAAGGUCAGAUCUAAAAUAGAUUUUAAAAAAGGUUAAAACAGAUCUGUUUUAGUCUGUGUUUAUGAAGUGUUUCAUGACCAUGAGAGUUUUUUUGUUUUUCUUUUACUGAUGGUUGGUUUUGUGUUUUAAUUUGAAAUAAUUCUGAGUCACUGUUUUAGAAAACAAUAAUGGAGCCCUUCAAUAAUAAUUUUGUUAAAGCUAAUAAUGAAAAUGGUCAAAAUAAUAAUGAUAAAAAUAACAACCUGUCAGUAUUUUUGCCUCAUUUUGAUCCAAAACAGACCGAUGACUGAAGUUCAAAUGUCUUAUUGAAAAUUCUGUUUGACUGAAUUUAAUGUCUGAAGGUGAAUUUUUAUUUCAACACACAGGUUUAGAGAAAAGAAAGACUGACUGUUGCUGUGAGAAUGUUGUCUGUCUGUGGACAUGAGGAGUGAAAAUCACAGAAAUAAUACUGUGGCGUAAAAACAUGAUGAUCAUUUUAUUUGUGGAGAUAAUCAUGUGGACUCAUUUAUGCAAACUGCAGGUGAAA